AUGUAAAUUUUGCUUUAUCAUUCGUUCAAAUUGCAUUAGAGUUUGAUUUUGCAAGCAGACAUGUAGACCAUAUUUUGGAAGAUGUUCAAAGAAGGUAUCCAGACAAAGAAGAAACAUUAGAUGCUCUUGCUAAACGACCGUUGUUAUACAUUGAAAAUGAAGUUAAAAGAGGAAAAGAAAUGGGCUUAAAGAAAAAGGUUGUCAUGCAUAGGAUAUGUCAAGAAAUAUAUUCUAGGUAUGAUGAAGCAGUUGAAAGUCAGCCUACCGAAAAAAUGUGGAGUUAUUACCUUGACUUCAUUCAUAAUUAUUUAAAAUCUGCUAAAGAAAAGAAAAAAGCGAAAGUUCAAUCCAUUUUAAUAAAUAAAUUGGAAAAAGCUGCUGAAGCUAACUGUCUUUCUUUGAAUUAUUAUCCUGUAUGGAUUGACUUGCUAUUUGAGAAAGGAGAUGAUGAUGCUGCCUUGUCUGUUUCUCUAAUGGCUGCUAGGAAGUGGAAUCAAGUUUCAUUGUGGAUUAAAUGCUUAACCCUGCACAUUCGGUCUGGGAAAAGCAGCAAAAAAGUAUAUCUCCUUUUCAAUGAAGCUUUAAGUUCAUUGAAUGAAAAGGACUCUAUAGCUUUGUGGAAAUUAGGAGUUGAGUGGCUAUCCUUUGCAGAUCCUGAGAGAUUAAUAGAAUUUUUUGAGAAAGCCAUAAAUAAAUGUAAUGAAAUCAGCACACCUUUGAAAGAUAUGUAUUUAGAAGCUACUGCACUUAGAAGUGGUACUCAGGCUGCGAGAGAUUUAUACAAAAGGUUUAAGAAAAUGGGUCCUUUAUCACCUCAAGUAGUUAGGAAAAUGAUUAUAAUUGAAAAAGCGCAACUGAAGCCUUCUAUUGACUCGCUGAGAAAAUAUCAUGAAGAUGGUAUCAGAGAAUUUGGUUCCUCAGAUAUUGACAUCUGGCUUGAAUACAUGAAGUUAGAAAUAGAAUAUCCUGGAGGCAGUCCAUCAUUGUAUGGUAUGUUGUACUGGAGAGCAAUGAAAACUUUACAAUCUGAGCUAAUAAAAGACUUUCAGACACGUGUUACUGCUUAUGUUACUGGAUGUGGUAUCUCAGCAAAUUGGGAACUUAUUGCUUGAUAUCUGUGAUAAUACCUAGUUUUUAAUGUACAUUGUGUCUAUAUUUUAUUGUAUACAUUUCCUAAGGAAAUGUUUCCAUUUUUUAUAUAAAAUAGUUUUUCUGUGAA